AUGUCUAUUUCAAAGAAAACAUCGAACGAUCUUAGAGCCGCAAGGAUGCUGGUGCAUAAACUCGGCGAAACGUUUCAGGAUUUCCAGUCGAAAUCCUUCGCAAUCCUCACACUCGGCGAGCAAUGGGGAACACUGCAGAGUUCUUUCGCAACGGUGCAAACCUCGCUCGAGAAUCGACUCAAGGAACUGGAGUCAAAGGAGAGAGAUUUCGAUAUGGUUAAGACUAAGUUUGAUAAUUUCAAGAAAGAGGUUGAAUUGAGGCAGAAGAAGUUGGAGUUGGGCGAAAAGUCGUUGAGCGAGAGGAUGAAAGGCGUGGAAUUGAGGGAGAAGCAAGUGAUAGAUUGGCGUGAGUCUCUUGAUAUGGAGAACAGAGUGAUUCGUGAUCGUGGUAGAGCGGUGGAGGCGCGGGAGAAGUGGUUUUUAGAGGGUUUAAACCGACUUAAGGCGGUGGAAGAGAAGGUAAAGGAGGCGGAGGAGAGGCAGAAGGCGGUGUUGUUGAUUGAAAAGGAUGUGGAUGAUAGGCUGAGAACGGUGGAGCAAAAGGAGAUCGAGGUUCGCGAGCGUGAAGAGGAGUGUUGUAUAAGGGAGCAGGAUGUUGAGGAGAAGGCGGAAGAGGCGGAGUUUAUGGAUAUGGUUACGAUUGAGCGUAGGGAUAUAUUGAAUGAGCGGGAGAAAGAAUUGAAUGUGAUAUCUGAAGAAUUGAAUUUGAAGGAUGAUGAAUUGAAAGAAAAGGAGGUGAAAUUGGAGGAGGAUAGGAAAGAAUUGGAGUUAAGAGAGGGGCAGAUGGAUGAGCUAUACGACAUGCUCGAAUCAAAGGCGGUUGAGAUGGCUGAGACAGAGAGAACAUUGGUGUCGAAAGCUAACGAGAUCGAUGAUCGAGAGAAGAACAUUCGAGAGCGUGAAGAUGAUUUGGAGAUGAAAGAUAGAGAGAUGGAAUCUUGUUGGAGUAAGCAAUGCGAGGCAGUGGAAGCGAAAGAGAGGCGAUUGAGUAAGCAAUGGAAGGCGUUAGAGUUGAAAGAGAAGCAAAUGGAGAAGCGUCUUGAAUCGAAAGAGAAGCAAGUCAAUAAGCGUUUUGAGUCCAAAGAAAAGCGAAUCGAUGAGCGUUGGAAACAGGUUGAAUUGAAGGAGAAGGAAAUCAAUGAACAAUUGGAGAUAUUGCAGGCGAAAAUGAAGCAGAGAAGUAGGAAGAGGAGACGUUUUGCCUAG